CUCUCUCUCACUAUAUCUAUCUCUCUGUUCUCUCUCUCUCUCUGCCUGCCCCUUUGUGACCCUGGAUCACAUUUCAUUGACUCAGCAGUUGACUGGGGUCAAACUCUAAAAGUCAGAGACAGACAGAGCUGGCAGGGUCAUCCCAGAAAGAGACUGCGUGGGCUCAGGGCACACGGAGACAGAGAGACAGACAGAGAGAGACAGAGAGAGAGACAGAGAGACAGAGACAGAGAGACAGAGACAGAGAGACAGACGGAGAGAGAGACAGACGGAGAGAGAGACAGACGGAGAGAGACAGACAGACAGAGACAGACAGAGACCAGACUGAGCCGAAGAUGUCUUCUGAGUUGGUGCCCCCAGGGGAGCUGUACCAAGCCGCCAUGUUGCUGAGUGGGGUGGGGGACGCCCUGGGUUAUCGAAAUUGCCGCUGGGAAUACUGCGAGAGCGGGCCACAGAUCCACCGGGAGCUGGAAGAACUGGGGGGCCUGGCUGCCAUCGAGACCAAGCCCCCUGAGUGGAGGGUCAGCGACGACACCGUCCUCCACCUGGCCACCGCAGAGGCCCUCAACUCAGGUAGGUGA